AUGUCUUACAACCCAUAUGCAUAUGCAGCGGAAAACUCAGAUGUAAACGUGAGUGGACGUCACGUCGAAAGACAAUCGUCUUUUGCAGCGCCUCCGCAACAGCACUUCGCACAACAGACGCAACAAACACAUCGAAACGAGCCUUUUCAAGGCAAAAGCGCCUCAAUGGCUUACCAACUAGGGCACUCUGCAUUCACGAAUUUCAUAGGGCAAGAAAACUUGGAUCAAUUCCAGGAACAGAUCUCGAAAGCAGCCGGGAGCUCGUCAUCGCUGUCGCAUUAUUUUCAAGUUUCGAAUGGAUACGUUUUCAGAAAACUCAAGAUAAUUGUGCUCCCAUUCAUGCAUCGGAGCUGGCAGAGGAUCCCAGAUGCCGCAGGGAAUGGGUCAGGUGGAGUCGCAUUUCAAACUCCGCGCGUCGACGUGAACGCUCCAGAUUUGUACAUCCCAGUAAUGGGUCUUAUCACGUACAUUUUGGUGUGCAAUGUGCAGCAAGGGCUGCAGGGAUCUUUCAAUCCUGAGGACUUGUACCGGAAAUUGUCGUCCACCCUUGCGUUUGUUGUGCUGGACCUGUUGAUCUUGAAACUGGGGUUGUAUCUGCUUGUCUCCUCAAACUCAACGACGACCCCGCUUUGGGAACUGAUCUGUUAUGUCGGUUACAAGUUCGUGCCUUUGACAAUGGCUCUUCUCUGGCCUACAACGCCCUAUUACCUUUUCUUGCUCGGUAAGGUAUAUCUCUUUAUCGCAUUUGGCGUUUUUUUGCUCAGAUCGGUCAAAUUCAACUUGUUUGUCGACGGAGUCAAUGACUUUCAGACCGUCAAGAAGAGUGUUGUCAAAAAAUGUAACUACUUCUUGUUUGUCUACGGGUUUCUUUGGCAAAGCGUUCUCAUGUGGUUGAUGGGCUGA